UGUACCGCCCCGCCCCUGCUACCUGGCCAACCCAUAUAAGAUCAGGUCGGGAUGAGAGCGCACAACCAGCUAGAGCCAGGUACGAAGCGAAGAGGCCAAAGCUGAGCGCAGUGCUCCUCAGCCCGAGACCCGCAGCGCCCCCGCCCAGAGCUCCUCAGCAUUCCCUUCGCCUGCCACAGUCCAUCCCUUUACUCCAGUGCCCUUGCCCCCGCCCUCCCCCCACCCCACCUAGUCUCCAGGUGCCCCGGGAAGCAGCUCCUCAGCGCCUCCUCUCUGCCUCGGCCCACACCGUCUCUGCAGGGAUGCAGUUCGAGAUGCACGACAACGUGAAGGGCAAAGCCAUGUCCUACCCUGUGACCAGCCAGCCCCAAAGCCAGAGCACCUGCUACCAGACUCAGCAAAGUGACUGGCACACAGAGCUUACAGACUGCUGCAAUGAUAUGCCCGUGUGUCUGUGCGGCACCUUCGCUCCCCUGUGCCUGGCCUGCCGCAUCGCUGAUGAUUUCGGGGAGUGCUGCUGUGCGCCCUACUUGCCUGGGGGUCUCCACUCCAUCCGCACUGGCAUGAGAGAGCGCUACCACAUUUUGGGCUCCGUUGGAAACGACUGGGCAACGCUCACCUUCUGCCUACCUUGCGCGCUCUGUCAAAUGGCGCGGGAGCUGAAAAUCAGACAAUAAGGAGCCGCCCCAGCCCCGCCCACUUGGUCCUUGACUCUCCACGCCCUCCC